AUGCGACGGGCCGUGGCGCCUUUAUGGCUCCCGUCUCUCACUGAUCCUCCCUGCGGGGGCCCCGAAGAUCCAGCCCUCCUGCAGGCUCCGGCUGAGGGGAGACUCCUGGAUGUCGUCCACAAAGUGAUGAAGCUGCAGACCGUCACCAGGCGCUUCAUCCGCAGCGCAGGGGAGGCCCUGGGGGCCGCGUUCUGGGGGGACGUGGAGGUCUCCGGCCUCCCAGCCGAGGAGUCAGCGUACGAUGAACAGGUUAAUAUGGAAUAAUCCAUUAGUGGGGGAGGCGUCCAGAAGGCAGACGGGGGGCUGGCGUUUGACGCGAGUUUCUUUAAAAGUCAAUACGAGUUCACGUUCCCGGAGAAGGCGAUUUCUGUGGCCCUGCGGCGCCCCGAGGAUCGCUCGGCCGAGGACGUGCGCUUUAUCCGCAGCAUGAUGGCGGGAAUCCUCGGCUUCCGCAGAUACAGCGCUCACAUGCAGCUCAUGCUGGCGAGGGUCGUCUACUACAGGAGGUUUGGCCGGGGCAGGGUCGUUGUCCGAAGGGGCCAUCGAGGGGACAGCUUCUACUUUGUGUUUUCCGGAGUCAUUGCCGUCACACAAGACGAGGACGGCAGGAGCGCCCUGCUGGAUCCAGAACCCAUCCUGCUUCACAAGGGCGCCAGCUUUGGGGAGGUGGCCCUGCUGAAGGGUCUGAGGCGAAACGCGACGGUCGUCUGCAUGGAGGACACGGAGUUUUUGGUGGUCGACAGGAAGGAAUUCUUCAAGAACAAACUGGAUCAGGAGCUGCAGAAAGAGCUACAGUAUCGAUUUCAGUUCUUCAGAUCCCUGGAUCUGUUCUCGAGCUGGUCUGAUCCGCUCCUGGAGACGCUGGCCGAUCACUGCAAGACGGAGCAGAGCCACCACAGCCAGGUCCUCGUGAGCGACACCAGCGGAACCAAAAAUAUCAUCUUCGUCACAAAGGGUCGCUGUGAAGUCCUGCGAUUGGUCGAUCUCAGCCAAUGUCCUUCCUUCUUGAAGUGGAUCAAGCAGCACAAAGCUCUGCUCGGGAAGGACUCUCCGGGUAAUCCUGCAGAAAAGUUCCCCCCGAACACCAAGACCCCAAGAGUCCCGUCUCACAACGCAAAGGAUGCAAGGUCGAUCUCGCUGGAGAAUUUAGAGAGGGGGCUCCCUGCGUCCCACCCUGACACUUCAGAGCCUCUGGAUUUACAAAGCGACUUAGCGGCCGCCGUCUACCUGCGCAUCGACUCCAUCCAGCCGGGGCAAUACUUUAGGGGGGCGGACGUGGAUUACAUUGAAUUCUGUUUGGAACGAGAGAACCGAGCAUCACACGAGCCCAGUCUGACCUUCACGCCGACCCCUGACCCUCGAGACCCCAGGUCAAAGGUCAUCGUCAGCCAAGGAGCGGAGAUCAUCCGAAUCAAGUUGGACAAGUUCUCGGAGCUGAUGGAUCUCUCCACCCUGAAAAAACUCAAGACAGAAACGCUCUCGUACCCCAGCGACGAAGAGCUGUGCAGAGUCUUCCUGGAGCAGAACCGAUGGAAGAUCUUCAAAUCCGACCUGAUCAGCAACUUAAGCCUCACGCCGACCUCUCGCCCAAAACACGCCCCGGGGCGCGAGAAAGGAGAGCCGGGGGAGAUCCGGCCCGGUGCGGACAGGAGGGGGAUCCUGCAACUGGGGGGCCACAAAACACACGCAGAAAAGGUGCGACAUCCGACCCCCCCCAUGAUAAACACACUAACCGGUCCUUCUGUACAGAUCUGGAAAACCCCAGAGACAAAAGGAGACAACGGCCCCUCCUCCUCCACCAAGACUCCCAUCAGGCUGAUCCACGGAAUCGACAUCCCAAAGCUGUGCGGGAAGAGAGUCAUGUGGUGAUGUCCCUUUUAACUCUUCAUCGUCACCCAUCACGGCAGCGUAACAGACCGAGCCGGAACGAUUUCACGGUCAGACUCGCCAGGCUGCAGUCCGGUUCCCCGGAGCCAAGUGACCGAGCGGGGCUCAAGCAAAAUCAUUUCACGGGGUUAAAUCUGAAAAUGAACUCUCAAGUGAACAAUAAAGAGCGAGAGCUGGAAGGGGAGGCUCUGCAUUAACAGGUUAAUUAUAAAACCAGCCAGGACUUCCUCCGGUUACCAGAUGCGGGGGAGAGGGGUCUUUGGGGGUAUUAAAUACGGUUAAUACCCCAGAAC